AGAAGCUCCUGCUGAAUCCCCACGGCCUGUGGCUGGGGCUGCCCCGUUCCAGGCCCUGAGCCGAGUGUCCCUUCCCGCUCCGUGGGAUCGUGGCUGCCGAAGCCAGGCGGGGGAAGGAUGAUGCUGGAUCUGCACUCCAGAGCCAGCGAGCGGAGGGGCAGGCGGGGAUGCUCUGUCCCUUUGCUGGGUCAGCAGCUUCUGCUUUCCCAGAGUCGUCCCUGCCCCAGCAGCCGCUAGGUUAAAGUGAUCCGCAGCGUGAGCCUGGGAGCUCACCCCGAGUGUUGCUAAUUUCCCAAAGGCUGCUCUGUGUGCUCCCCCGCCCCCCCUUGCAGCAAGGGGCCAGCUCUGCAGGGAGCAGAGCAGGGAAGUAGCCCCACGGCUUGGGGCCAACGCCGUUAACCUCCUGGCUUUGGGGUAGCAGGAGCUGCUCUGGCUCUGGGGAUGGCCAUGCACGGCCCAGGCACUCAGUAACCUACAGCUGCAGGCCUGGUCUGCUCAGAAGAUGCUUGACUUGUCCCCAGCGAGAGCCCAGAUUUUUGGCGCUGGGAUGGGCCCUAUGCUCCGGCUGCCCCUUCAAAGGGGGGCAGGAGGGGCUGUGGGGAGUGUCCAAGCCCUCCAGCGAGGGGAGGAUGGAGACACCCUGGGGCCCCCUUUCCUGGGCCUGCCCCCUUUGUUAGUUGCUUGUCUUGCUGCUGCUAUUCCACCUCUCCUGUCCGUCCCCCCACUCCUCCAGCCGUCACUGCUGCCCCCUCGAGCUGCCCACUUCAGGGCUUGGCUCCUUCCCCUUCUCUCUCACACACACACACCCCCCGAUCUCCUGCCUCGAUUCUGUGCAUGUCACUCACAUGUGGUUAAUUUCCCCCCUCCUCUUUGAAUUAUUAAUCAGCCCGAGCACUUUAGAAAAAUCAAUGGGAAGAGGGCGUGGAAGGAGGAGAGCCAGGCGGUGCUGACCUUAGCGUCCCUGUGGCCCCCUCCCCCCGCCCCUUCCCCCCGCCCGUCAGUGCUUCAAACAGGAACAAAUAGCUGCUUUCCCUCUGCUUUGCCUAUGUCAAGCGUGCGGCCAGGCCAGUGCUCAUUGGUCAGGGUUGCCCAAAGAUGGCUGAGAUGCAAACUCAGGCAAAUAUAAUGCCUGGGUCCAGGCACGCCGGGUAACUGGGGCUCAUGCCAGCAGCUGUUCCGGGGUCUCCUCAACAGCCAUUUGCAGAGGACAGCAGCGAAUUCAGCUCCCCGGUGAGUCCCCGGCGUGGGGUGCGAUGGCUCUGAGCAGUGCUUUCAAGGCGGUUAACAACAUGCCCGGCCUCCUCAUCUGGAGGGUUGAGAAAAUGGACCUGGUGCAGGUGCCUCCGAAAUCCCAUGGCAAUUUCUAUGAGGGCGACUGCUACGUCCUCCUCUCGACCCGGCGCUCGGGCAGCGUCCUGGCCCACAACAUCCAUUGCUGGGUCGGGAAGGGCUCCUCAUGGGACAAGCAGGGCUGCGCCGCCAUCUACACCACCCAGCUGGACGACUACCUGGGUGGGGGCCCCGUGCAGCACCGGGAGGUGCAGUGCCACGAGUCGGACCUCUUCAAAGGCUACUUCAAGCAGGGCAUCAUCUACAAGAAGGGCGGGGUGGCCUCGGGGAUGACGCACGUGGAGACCAACGUCUACAACGUCCGGCGCCUGCUGCACGUCAAGGGGAGACGGAACGUCGCGGCCACCGAGGUGGAGAUGAGCUGGGACAGUUUUAACCUGGGGGACGUGUUCCUGCUGGACCUGGGGAAGGUCAUUAUUCAGUGGAACGGCCCCGAGAGCAACACCAGGGAGCGGCUGAAGGCCAUGCUCCUGGCCAAAGACAUCCGCGACCGGGAGCGUGGGGGGCGGGCAGAGAUCGGGGUGGUGGACGGCGACCAGGAGGGAGCCAGCCUGGAGCUGACAACGGUGCUGCAGAGCGUGCUUGGAGACAGGCCACGGAAGAUCAAACCCAGCACCCCGGACGAGGUGGUGGACCAGCAGCAGAAGACCACUGUCCUGCUCUAUCGUGUCUCAGACUCCGGAGGGAAAAUGCAGGUGCUGGAAGAGGCCGCAAGGCCGCUGGUGCAGGAGCUGUUGAGCCAUGACGACUGCUACAUCCUGGAUCAUGCCGGGACCAAGAUCUAUGUCUGGAAGGGGAAGGGGGCUUCCAAGGCAGAGAGGCGAACGGCCAUGGACAAAGCUCUGGAGUUCAUCAACAUGAAGGGCUACCCCUGCGGCACCAACGUGGAGACGGUGAACGAUGGUGCCGAAUCCGCCAUGUUCAAGCAGCUGUUCCAGACAUGGACCGUCCGGGACCAGACGGUGGGGCUGGGCAAAGCCUACAGCGCUGGCAAAACGGCCAAAGUCAGCCAGGAGAAGUUUGAUGCCAUGCUGCUGCACACCCGGCCCGAGCUGGCCGCCCAGGAGCGGAUGGUGGAUAACGGGGAAGGGAAGGUGGAGGUCUGGAGGAUCGAGAAUCUGGAGCUGGAGCCGGUGGAAUACCAGUGGCAUGGCUUCUUCUUCGGCGGAGACUGCUACCUGGUGCUUUAUACCUACGGUGUGAACCACCGGCCCCGCUACAUCCUGUACCUCUGGCAGGGUCGCCACGCCACGCAGGACGAGCUGGCUGCCUCCGCAUACCAGGCGGUGGAAGUGGACCGGCAGUUCAAGGGGGAGCCGGUGCAGGUGCGCGUGAGCAUGGGCAAGGAGCCGCGCCACUUCCUGGCCAUCUUCAAAGGGAAGCUGGUCAUCUUUGAGGGUGGGACAUCCAGGAAAAGCAACAAAGAACCGGAACCGCCCGUAAGGCUCUUCCAGAUCCACGGAACCGCCCAGUCCAACACCAAAGCCGUGGAAGUCCCGGCGUUUGCCUCGUCACUCAACUCCAACGACGUCUUCCUGCUCCAGACCCAGGCCGAGCACUACCUGUGGUACGGCAAGGGCUCCAGCGGGGACGAGCGGGAAAUGGCGAAGCAGCUGGCUGCAACCAUCUGUGAGGGCACACAGGAAACUGUGGCCGAAGGGCAGGAGCCAGCAGCGUUCUGGGAAGUGCUGGGAGGCAAAGCCCCUUAUGCCAGCGACAAAAGGCUCCAGCAGGAAGUCCCAGAUCACCCGCCCCGGCUCUUCGAAUGCUCCAACAAGACGGGACGCUUCGUGGUGACGGAAGUGACCGACUUCGGCCAGGAUGACCUUAGCGAAAGCGACGUGAUGCUGCUCGACACAUGGGACCAGGUCUUCUUGUGGCUUGGGAAGGAUGCCAACACGAUGGAGAAAGAAGCAGCGCUGGCCACUGCUCAGGAAUAUCUUUGCACCCACCCCAGCGGGAGGGACACUGACACGCCCAUCUUGGUGGUCAAGCAGGGCUUUGAGCCACCCAACUUCACUGGGUGGUUUGUAGCCUGGGACCCACACAAAUGGAGCGAAGGGAAGACUUACGAGCAGCUGAAGGAGGAGCUGGGAGAUGCUUGUGCCAUUGUCAGGAUCACAGCUGUGAGUUGUGUUUGUGGUGUAGGGAGGUGGCCGGAACUGGGUGGGAUUCGGCUCAGGUGGCCAAAGACAGGGAUGACUUCCAGAAAGCAAACUGACCACCCGUUUCCCCCUGCUGCAGAGCGUGGGGUGGGACAUGUCACCUCCUGCCAGGUUAGGGGGUGUCUAGCCCUCGGGGGAGGCAAACACUUGAGAAUCUGCACACUGCUACUCCCCUAUCUGGGCUCUCAUUGCCCCACUGGGCCCAUACUUACAACUUAUAGCUAGGCCACCUGCCCGGCUAAAGCGCUGAGCACCUGCCAUGCCCAUUAAUCUCCUCACAGCUUCUACAAAUCAGCCACUUAAGCGCCUAGACAAACUGCUGUGUUCAGAUGGAGCGUUGAAGCAACAAUCUACUAAGUUUACCUAGCACCUUCCACCUAGAGAGCCCAAAGCACACUGCAAAGGGCACAUAUAGGCAUGCUUUUCCCUGCCAGAGAAAUGUAGCCACCCCUGGGGUAGAACACAACAGCUGUUUAACAGUGCAUAGCAAAACUAGCCCAUUUCUGGGCACAGGUGAUUUGGGAUCUUGUAGCUACAUGAAACUGUAAGGGAACCUGCAGGGAGGCUGAAUGCAAUGCAAGGGAUCCCAGCAAUAACAGCUGGACCUUUUACGAACAGUAGCUGGGGCUCCUUCAUGCAGCCCCCUAACUGACUUAGGAGCAAAGGCUCAGCAGAGAGGGGCAUGUCUCUCCUGCACUAAAACAACUUGACAUGCUCUGGGGUGUUUCUCCUUCCACCCGCACU